ACUAUUUACUACAUUUCUUUGUCGUUCUGGGCUCUCCCUUCUCUCUUCCAACUCAGCUUCUCGAUCGCGAGAUCAAUCCGGCGGGAUUCUUUCACCACAUCCCGAUUGAUGUUCAAUGAGUGCUUCGGCCUGCAUCAACAAUGUCGGUGUGUCGCCGGAGAAUUUUAUCGAUUGUAAACUUUCUUAUCCUCCCCCCGACUGGCUCAGCUCUAGGAGCUCAUUCAGCCGCGACUUCGCGGAUAAUGCAGGCGGAAAGGACGGCGAGAAGUUGGAUCUAGAAGUAUCUGUGAAGGAUUUUGUCGAUUUUGAAUUCCGACUCGACGAUCCCGUAAAGAUGCUUCCAGCGGACGAACUCUUCUCCGACGGGAAGCUGAUUCCGCUCCAGCUUGCGCCAAUGCGGACGGCGAAGGGGAGCUCUGCGGAGGUUAGUUCACAGGUGCCGAUAAAUCUGUGGCGCGGGGUGGAGACCAGGGGACCUGAUUCUUAUGCGUUUUCACCCAAGGCGCCAAGGUGUUCGAGCCGGUGGAAGGAGUUGAUUGGCUUGAAAAAAGCGCAGAGCUCAAAAGCUGAGCGUUCGAAUUCCUCGGCCACAGCUUCCAAGGUCUCAAACAGCAAAUCUCUGAAAUUUUUUCUUCAAAGAAAUCCUAGGUUUUCCUCGAUCGAUUCCUCACUUAAUCUUCCACUACUCCGAGACUACGAUUCGGAGUCGGCAUCCAUUUCAGCUCGCGUCUCUCAAUCGUCUUCAUCAUCCUCUGGUGCCGACACUGAGGAUCUGCCACGUUUCUCCCUUGAUUCGGAGAAAAUUAAUCCGGCACCCAUCUCGCCGCGCCAUAAUCCGCCUAGAUUUAUCAGGGUUGCAAAUGCUAGAUCGCCGAAGAACCGUCAACCUCCGGCAUUACCUGCGGAAAGCAACAAGACCUCGUGGGUUCCGGAAGCGUUCAUGGAAGGGCCCGUCACAGUGAGAGUUGGCCGUAGACCUAUAAGGCAUCCUCGCGAGCCAGGCGAAAUUCCGCCACCACGGGGCUCAUCAGUAGACAGCCCACGGCUUAAUGCGUCUGGAAAAGUCAUUUUCCAGGGAUUGGAGAGAAGCUCGAGUAGUCCAAGCACCUUCAACAUCGGAGCGCACAGACCUCGUCUGCGUGGAAUGGAGCGAUCGUACUCCUCCAACAUCAUGGUUACGCCGGUCCUCAAUGUCCCUUUGUGCACUCUGCGCAGUUCGGCCAAGUCCAUCUCUGUCUUCGACUUUGGUCAGCUCUUUGCUCCUUAUAAGAAGGAUAAAGGCUCGUCUGCUGCAAAGCACGGCGCCAUCAACAUUACUGGCGUCUCGAAAAUGAAGUACGUGAAAUCUGAACAGAGGAAUUGAUUUGCAAGUGGGAAAUGGCGUGCAGUGUUUCUGCAGCUGGAGCGCUGCUUUGCGCAGUGGAUGACGGCUGGAGCUCUGACGGUUGCACUCACUAUGAUUUCCUUUUAUGGACUGUGAUGCCCUCCUUCACUCGAGAAAUUAUUACAUCCCAAUGCACCGGCGGAGGGCGGCAACAGACCUUCGUCUACCUCGCUGCAUCCUCGUCCUCUCAUCCGGAGUUCGGAUAAAAUAAUUUUCCCUCCACGCUCUGAUUAGUUCAGAAACAGGAAAUGGCUUUUAUCUAGCGGUGUACCCUGAGCCAAGCUUGAUUCAUGCCUAACUCGACCUUAGCUAUUAAUGAUGACACUCAAUGAUUGCGAGCUGGCGAGUUUACUGGAGAACAUUGAUGACUUGAGAAGAGCUUGAGCUUGGACUUGAGUGCAUGGCUCGAUAAUCUUGACAUGUGAGGUUGUUAAUGAGUAGAGUUUGAGCCAACUCGAUUUAUACUUCCAUUUUUACCCUUAACAUUAUUUGUCUCCACCUUCCAAUUGUUUAUAAAGAAUUGAGGGCGAUUCAGCCUUUAGGAGAACAUUUUAA